AUGCCUACGUUAACGCCGGCGCAACUGGCGGCAUGGGACGAGACACUUCAGCCCGCCAUUUACGGCGUUUGCAUCACGUUUUUUGUGUUGGGUAAUAUUUCGGUGCCGAUGAGAAUAUGGUCGCAAUUGCGGACACAUCGAAAAGCAAUGGGGGAAGACUAUUGCUUGAUCGCGGCAUUGAUUUCUGCAGAUGUUGUCACAUUGUCCACCUUGCUCGCAGCAAGAAACGGGUUCGGGCAGCACAUCUGGAGAGUAGAAGCCACUGCUAUUGCGGCCGGGGACAAAACAUUGAGCAAUCUGCAGUCUAUCUUCACUGGCAUAUGGUUGACUUCGGUUUUCAACGGACCCUGUUUGAUUUCCAUCAAACUUGGUCUUCUCUUCUAUUACCGGCGCCUAUUCUAUACCAGUCAGAAAUGGCUCGCCAUUUGCUGGUGGGCUAAUUUGAUCUAUGCUGUUGCUUGGGCACUCGGUUCAACUCUCUUCUUCAUUUUACAGUGCUCUCCUGUACCCUACUACUGGGAACGAUUGAACCCAACGUUACAUAUUACCGGGAAAUGUUCGAGUGCUACCCAUACUGUCGCCAUCCCCCUUAUUCUCUCUACUGUUUCGGAUGUUGCAAUUCUAAUUUUACCAAUAUUCGUGGUCGCUGGAUUGCGCUUAACAGCUCAGACGAAGCUUGGGCUUGUGGCACUGUUCGGAUUUGGUUUUAUAGCUGUCGGAUGCGGUAUUGCACGCCUGAUCGUGCUGGAAGUCGACACCGAAACCACCACGGAUCCUACCUACGGUACCGUUGCAUUUGAGAUCCUUAAUGUGGUUGAGCUCCACCUGGCCAUUAUCUGUGCCUGUAUCGUGCCAAUCUUUUCCAUUAUACGCCGCCUAAUCAACGGCGAUAGUCCUAAGACUACAAUGAGUCCCGGCACGCAACGCCUGACCAAGCAAGGCUACGGUUUCUAUCGCACAGGUGAACCGGCGAGAAGUCAAGGAAGCGAAUACUUACAUCUCAGUGAAUUCCCCGAAACCCAAUCCGGGACUGUGACCUCAGCAACCAAGAACUUUUCAAGAUCCUUUUCUAGUGCUGGCAAUGGUGAUGUACCUUUAAAUGGGGUUAUCCAAGUAAAGACUGAGUUACAUUUCAGCAGCGAAUAA